AUGGUACUUAAGAAAUCAUCGCGGAAGUACGAUAUCCUGAUCUUAGGAGCUUCGGGCUACACCGGGACGCUAACCGCUCAACAUAUCGCGGCGCAUUUGCCAACGAAUCUAAGAUGGGCAAUCUCGAGUACAUCGAGGUCAAAGCUCGAGAGCUUGGCGGCGAAGCUUAAGGAAGAAUACUCAGAUAGGACUCAACCGCAUAUCGAGGUGAUUAAUGUUAACAACACUGAUAAGCUUGGCUCUGUCGUCGAGCAAGCAAAGGUGUGUAUCAGUGCCGUAUACUACACCGCAGCGGGCGAGCAGGUUAUCCGAGCCUGCAUAGAGAGCGGUACAGACUAUAUAGAUUGUUCUGUUAUGUCAUCCCUCCUUUAUACUUGGACUAGAAAGUUCCACAAACAAGCCCAAGACAGCGGCGUUGCGCUCAUUCAUGCUUGUGGUGACAUGAUCACACCCUUAGAUCUUGUAUGUUGGCUCGCCGUACAGGAGAUCCAAUCACGAUGGUCUCUAAAGACAGGGGAUGUUGUACUACGCAUGGAUGGAUUUGAGACCAAUAUGAGCGGUGGUACUAUUCGAACGAUUCUUCCACAUGCAUCACUAAGCCCCAAGGUUAUCAAGCAAGUGCAGAGCCCAUCGGCACUAAGUCCGAUCGAACACCCCGGGGAGCCAUCCCCAUUCUGGGGCAUGCGUCGACACCCGCAGCUUGGACUGCUUGCUGCUACCUUCCCGACGGCAGAUCAAGAUCGUGCCAUCAUAUAUAGAACCUGGGGUCUACUCGAGGGAACAGAGAAGAGUUAUGGACCCAACUUUGAGUAUAAUGAAUACGCAAAAGCCCCGUCGGUACUUGGGGGAAUCCUUAUGAUCCUACAAUCUUACAUAUUGUCUUUUCUCCUCAGCUUGGCAAGAAUCGGUCCCAUUAGGAACUACCUGUUCUCCAUAGCCCCUGCUGCGGGCAGCGGUCCUAGUGCGAAAGUCGCAGAGUCGGCACAAGUGUCUUUGGAGGUAUUUGCCAAGGCCGACCCAGGGAUCUCAGGAGCCGAGUCUACUAAGAGUGUGAGGGUUAGCUAUUUAUAUCCGGGUGGACACUACCCUCUUGCGGGGCUAAACAUGGCUCAAGCAGCUGCGUCGUUACUAUAUUCUAGGAAGCUAGGGGGUAAUAUCACUGGCGGAUGUCUCACGCCGGCCAUUUUAGGUCCUGAUUUCAUCGAGAGAACUAAGUCGGUCGGGGUACAGUAUACCAUAAAUGCGGUCGAUGAUGAUUAAGGGC